AGCGAGGGGAGGGGGGAGUUGAGACGGCGCUGGGUUGGAAAGAGAACACAGCGGACCGUCAUGGACCGGGUAGCCGUGGUUAAGGUUGGGGCCGCGGCUAGCGCCAGCGUCUGUGCUUUGUUCGGUGGAGUGGUUCUGGCGCAGUACAUCGUCGCCAAGAAGAAGCGAGCUGGCAAGAAAACCCGUAUCAUUGAAAUGAUGCCUCAGUUUGAGAAGAAGACGGUCCACAUGAGGGACCCAGAGAGGGUGGAGCAGAUCAUCUGUGGCCUCAUCAAAGGAGGAGCUUCCAAACUACAGAUCAUCACCGACUUUGACAUGACGUUAAGCAAGUUCGCCGUCAAUGGCAAACGCUGUCCAACGUGUCACAAUAUCAUCGAUAACUGCAAGCUGGUAACAGAAGAGUGCAGGCAGAAGCUGCUGCAGUUGAAGAAUAAAUACUAUCCCAUUGAGAUCGACCCGCACCUUACCAUGGAGGAGAAAUACCCAUUCAUAGUGGAGUGGUACUUCAAGUCGCACACAUUACUUGUGGAGCAGCGGCUAGAGAAAGACAAACUGCCCGAGGUGGUGAGGGAGUCUGACGCCGCACUCAGAGACGGCUUUGAGCAGUUUUUUGACAGCCUGCAUGAGCGCAACGUGCCUGUCUUCAUCUUCUCCGCUGGCCUGGGAGACGUCCUUGAAGAACUCAUCCGCCAGGCAGGGGUCUACCAUCCCAACAUCAAGGUCGUCUCCAACUUCAUGGACUUCGAUGAUCAUGGCGUGGUGAAGGGUUUCAAAGGCGAGCUGAUCCACGUGUUCAACAAACACGACGGCGCCCUGCGGAACACCGAGUACUUCAAACAGCUGAAGGAGUGCUGCAACAUCAUCCUAAUGGGCGACUCCCUGGGCGACCUGAGCAUGGCCGACGGCGUGCAGAACGCCGAGCACGUCCUCAAGAUCGGCUUCCUCAACGACAAGGUGGAAGAGCGCUUGGACAAAUACCUCGAAUCCUAUGACAUCGUCCUGGUGAAGGACGAGACGCUGGAAGUGCCCAACGCCAUCCUCCAGAAGGUUCUAUAACUCCAUGUGGCCUGUCGGGCUUUUAACACCUCCAUAAACCAUCGUCACUGGUGCUGACUGGUCUCUACUUAAACCCCCCUCCACUCAUGUGGGACCCCACCCACCUGAGUCGUCCUCUGACUCUUUACACCCCCUCCCCCCCCCACCACCGCGUCCUCUUUAUAAAGGCGUUGGGCCUGAAUAAACACCUCCUGAACAAACUCUUUUAAACAUCCGUGCAGCAGCAGCAACAGCAUGUGUCCUGGAUUUUGUCUGUUUCACUCGUUUACCAUCCUCCGCAGUCACAACAAACGCUCACUCCAACGUUCUAAUUUGCACAUUAGUGUCGUUAUUAUAUUUUAUAUUAUUUUUCCAUAUUGUAAUAUUUUUUUUUAUAUAUACCAUGAAUCAGGUGCCCUCAGAUCGACAUAGUCAUUUCCCAGCAUGCCUGUCACCUCUCUCUCCACGCUGCUUCGUCCUUGACAACUGUGGAUGUCGUUUGCAUGCAAAAAAAAGAAAAGAAAAGAAAAAGGACCUCGGAAAACGUUAUUCCUUACGGGAAAGUGGUGAGAGCAGCGUUAUUAAGAAAUAACCUCAAAUGCAGUAUUCACAUCACAGGAGUCUAUAAUGUGAACAGGAUCGUGCACAGAUAAGUGACAUGUAUAUAUAUGUACAUGGUUAUUUUUUUAAAUCUAGUGAGAGCACAUUUUAGGUCAAUAUCAACACUUGUUUACUUUGUCUGCAUAGCUGAUGGAAGUCUUCUUACGACGGAGUAUUAGGGCCCAACAACAAGAACAAAGUCGUAAGGGUAAGACUUAAUUCUUGUAAUAUUACGACUUUAUUCUAAUAAUGUUACAAAUUUAUUAUAACAUUAUGACUCUCGUAAGUCGAAUAUUACGACUUUCUUCUCAUAAUAUUACGACUUAUUAAUAUUAUGACUUUAUUCGCAUAAUGUUACAACUUUAUUCUCGUAACACUAUGAGAAUUAAGUUGUAAUAUGUUACGUCAUAUUAUUAUGAGAAUAAAAUAAAUGAAUAUUACAACUUUAUUCUCGCAAAGUUCCAACUUUAUUUUCGUAAUAUUUCUUUAUUCUUGUAGUAUAACAACACUUUAAUCUUGUGGGUUUAUUCUCAUAAUAAUACAACUUUUUUAUUCUCGAAAGAUUCCAUCUUUUUUUCUCUUCAUUUUGGCCCUAACACUCUGUCGUAUCUUCUCGAUGCCAUACUUAAUUAAAAAAAAAAUGUUAAAGUAGAACUCUACAGGUGAUUACCAGGAGCUGCACAAGUUA